AUGGACCCAAACGUGAAAUGCUCGAAAACCGACGCGCAAACAUGGCUCAGCACGGCUCUAACCAAUCUCGACACUUGCCGAGCAGGGUUCUUAGACCUUGGUGUUAAGGAUAUGGUCCUUCCUUUGAUGUCAAACAACGUCUCAAAUCUUAUAUGUAACACACUCGCCAUUAACAAAGUUCCUUUCAACUACACCCCACCUGAGAAAGACGGGUUCCCUUCAUGGGUUAGACCCGGUGACCGGAAGCUUUUGCAAAGCUCGACACCAAGAGAUAACGCGGUUGUAGCUAAAGACGGGUCUUGUAAUUUCAGGACGAUUAAAGACGCGAUCAACGCUGCUUCGGGGAGUGGUAGGGAGAACAAUUAUUCCGGAAGCAGAAGUGUUGGAGGAGAAUCGACCACGUUUAAUUCAGCUACCGUCGCGGCGGUCGGAGACGCAUUUAUAGCACGUGGAAUAACGUUUAGAAACACGGCGGGUGCAAACAAUGAGCAAGCGGUAGCUCUAAGAUCUGGAUCAGAUUUAUCUGUUUUCUAUCAAUGUAGCAUUGGAGAAUACGGGUCCGGGUGCUUCGACUUCACAGCGGUUCACAUGGCCUGGUUUUCGGGUCAGAGGCUUCAAGAGCAAACCUCCGGCUCUCUGUUAGCACCGAUGACGAAGAAGAAGGGCGAAGCAGCUAACGAAGAAUCCAAGAAGAAAAGCGUCUCCUCCGCUGUAAAAUCUCAGAAAGAGAAGCCAGUAGUAGCAAAGGAAGUGAGAAGCUCGAAAGAGGAAGAAGACUUGCUUCUAGAUUCCGGAGAUGAUUCCUAUUACGGUGGAGAUAGCUUGUCAGGGUCUUUGAACUCCGAUGAUUUCGAAUCUGAUUUCUUCGACGAUGGUUCAGACAGAGAGACAGAAGGUGGAGACGGAGAAGCGUCGGAAGACGAGCUAAUUGCUUGUCAUGAUGGCUCAGAUGAUGGUGAAGAUGGGAGUGAUGAUGAAGGUUCUGAGGGACGUGAAGAGAGUGAUUCUUCAGAAGAUGAGGUUGCUCCAAGGAAUACAGUUGGGGAUGUUCCAUUGGAGUGGUACAAAGACGAGAAACAUAUUGGUUAUGACAUUACUGGUAAGAAGAUUACCAAGAAAGAGAAGCAAGACAAGCUCGACUCUUUUCUCGCAACUAUGGAUGACUCCAAGAACUGGCGCAAAAUUUAUGAUGAAUACAAUGACGAGGAAGUGGAGCUGACUAAAGAGGAGAGCAAGCUCAUUCGUAAGAUGCUCAAAGGGGAAGCUCCACAUGCUGACUUUGAUCCAUAUGCGCCUUAUGUCGAUUGGUUCAACUGGGACGAUGAUGCGAUACAUCCACUCUCAAGUGCACCAGAACCCAAGCGAAGGUUCAUCCCUUCAAAAUGGGAAGCUAAGAAAGUUGUUAAGUAUGUUAGAGCAAUAAGGAAGGGGUUGAUCAAGUUUGAAGAAGAGCCCAACGUAUACCUUUUAUGGGGUGACGAUUCUGCAUCAGACCAAAAGAGCAAGCACUUGACUUAUAUUCCUCCACCGAAACUGAAACUGCCAGGACACGAGGAAUCAUACAAUCCUCCUUCGGAAUUCAUUCCAACAGAGAAAGAGAAAGCAGCUUAUGAAUUGAUGUAUGAGGAAGACCGUCCAAAAUUCAUUCCUAAAAGGUUUACAUCUCUGCGAAGCAUCCCAGCAUAUGAAAAUGCACUAAAGGAGUCUUCUGAUCGUUGUUCCGAUCUAUACCUAUGUCCAAGAGUUCGAAAGACGAGAAUAAACAUCGAUCCUGAGUCUUUGAAGCCAAAGCUACCUAGUAGGAAGGAUCUUAAACCUUAUCCAAACUCAUGUUACCUUGAAUACAAAGGCCAUACAGGAGCUGUUACUUCCAUAUCCCCUGAUUGUUCUGGCCAGUGGAUAGCCUCAGGUUCGGCUGAUGGAUCUGUUCGUAUAUGGGAAGUGGAGACUGGUAGAUGUCUUAAGGUCUGGCAGUUUAAGGAACCUGUCAAGUGUGUCGCCUGGAAUCCUCUUCCUGAUUUUCCAAUUCUGGCCGUCGCCAUGGGACAAGAUGUCAUUAUCCUGAACACUGAACUUGGCACUGAUGAGGAACAACAAAGGAUUGAAGAGCUGCUUCGCUUAGGAAGCCUUCCAGAACUAGAUGAAUCUGUUGCGCCAAUUGUAAGCUGGCAUCAAGAUGAAGGGAUCAAGAUUAGACAUUUUAAGAACGUAUCAUUUGUUGACUGGCAUCCAAAAGGAGACUAUCUCUCAGCAGUCAUGUCAGCAGGAGAAACACGAGGUGUUGUCAUACACCAGCUCUCAGUGCACAAAACACAAAGGCUCCCAAUAAAGAUGCGUGGACUUCCCGUCUGCACUCUUUUUCAUCCCAACCACCGUGGAAUGUUCAUCAUCGCAACGAAAAAGAACGUGCGUGUUUUCAAUCUUCAGAAGAAAGAGUUGGCCAUCAAAAAGCUUCAGACCGGGCUGAGAGAGAUCUCAUCAAUGGCGAUUCAUCCUGGUGGUGAUAAUCUUAUAGUAGGAAGCAAAGAAGGGAAGAUGUGUUGGUUUGACAUGGACCUGUCUUCGAGACCGUACAAGACUCUGAAGAACCAUCCUAAAGACAUUAGGAACGUGGCGUUUCACCGCUCAUACCCGUUGUUCGCUUCGUGCUCGGAGGAUUCAACGGCUUACGUGUUCCAUGGAAAGGUGUAUAGCGAUCUGAACGAGAAUCCUCUGAUUGUGCCAUUGGAGAUUCUAAGAGGCCAUUCUACUUCUUCUUCAAAUAGAGGAGUCUUGGACUGCAAGUUCCAUCCGAGACAACCAUGGCUAUUCACCGCUGGCGCGGACUCAGUUAUUAAGCUUUACUGCCACUAA